CUUGUUGUAAGUGGCAAAAGCAAGAUUUUUGUCUCAGUGCGAGUGAGUGUGUGUUCACCUUGAAUUGGGAAGAAGAGAAGAAGCAUGAAGAUCUAUCACAUUCCUUGCCUUCAAGACAAUUAUUCCUAUUUGAUCGUGGACGAGACUACCAAAGAAGCCGCGGCGGUUGACCCCGUUGAACCGGAGAAGGUUCUCGAAGCUGCCAAUUCACAUGGCCUCAAACUCAAACUCGUCCUCACUACCCACCAUCACUGGGAUCAUGCUGGUGGAAAUGAGAAGAUAAAGGAAUUGGUACCUGGAAUCAAGGUAUAUGGUGGUUCGGUUGAUAACGUGCAGGGUUGCACUGAUAAAGUUGAAAAUGGUGAUAAGGUGCCUCUUGGAGCUGAUAUAAGUAUAAUGGCCCUUCACACACCUUGCCACACCAAAGGUCACAUAAGUUAUUAUGUCACUGGCAAAGAGGAUGAGCAUCCGGCUGUUUUUACUGGUGAUACAUUGUUCAUUGCUGGUUGUGGGAAAUUUUUUGAAGGAACUGCAGAACAGAUGUAUCAGUCACUCUGUGUAACCUUAGGUUCAUUACCAAAGCCAACACGGGUUUACUGUGGCCAUGAGUACUCGGCGAAAAAUUUGCAAUUUGCUCUGAUAGUUGAGCCAGACAAUUUGAGGAUACAGCAAAAAUUAACCUGGGCUCAGAAUCAGCAGCAAGCUGGCCAACCAACAAUUCCUUCAACCAUUGAGGAUGAAAUGGAGACCAAUCCAUUUAUGAGGGUUGAUCUACCUGAGAUUCAGGAGAAGGUGGGCUGCAAGUCACCUGUUGAAGCUUUAGGAGAGAUGAGGAAGCGCAAAGACAACUGGAGGGGUUAAUGAAACGUGCAUUCUCAUUCAUUCCUGUUCCACUUUCCUUUUCUGUUCCAUCCAUGUGAAGAAGGCCCUUUAUGCAGAUACUGUAACAGCUUGUUUUACCUGAAAUUGAAAUGGCAGUGUCAGAGGCUUGUCAUGUUAGGAGCAUGGAUUUUGAUUAGCUCCGUUACCCAUAUGUAUAUUCUGUUGGUUAGUUCAAAUACUAAGAUGUUCUAUUUCAUUCAUGUCAUUUACUUGUCAACUUAAAAUCAAUUAUUUUCUCUUUUCAUUUUCUGUUCGCAAAGUAACUUUCUCCCUCUAAAUUUAGUAAUAAAAAUGAAAAU